CUUUCCAUUACAAACACGAAAACAUAUAUUAUUGGCUCACUGCUCGUACACCCUAGUAAUGAGUCUAUGUGAUUCAUUCUAGUGUUUUUGAACUUUGAUUAUUAGGGAUUUAGAGAUACUAAUGUUGAUGAACUAAGGUUCUCUAUAUUUGUGUGAGACAAACAACAUGAAAAUACUUACAUAUAACACACAUUUUGUAUGUAGAUUACAAGAUAUAAGAAUGAAAAUCAAUAUUUGCAAAGUAAGCACCAAUGAAUAAGGGAGGAGAGUAUCAUUUCCUAAACAAUAUCAUAUUGUAAGCCUCAUUGGUUGGAUUUUUUAUCCAUAUUUUUUGGUAUGUUAAGUUGAAGAAGUUUAAACGUCUUUAAUAUCCAAAACUAUGAUUUUCUAAAGGAAAAUAGUGAAGCUUAGAUGGUCUGAUACUCUUUCUUUCCGUUUGUAGUUAUUGAUUUCUCAUUUUGUUAAUUAGAAUAUUUAUUGUCUCGAUAUAGAUUGAAUUAUCAAGUGACAAUAGUCUUCCAUCACAAAUAUGAAAAUAGUUAUUUAUAACACACAUUUUGUUUGUGGAUUACAAGAUAUACGAAUGAAAAUCAGUGAUUGCAAACUGAGCAGCAGGAAAUGAGGGAGAAGAGUACCAUGUCCUAAACAAUACCAUAUUGUAAGCCUCGUUAGUUGAAGUGUUUAUCUGUCUUUUAUAGUAUGUUAAGUUGAAGAAGUUUAAACAUUUUAAUACCCAAAAUUAUGAUUUUCUGAAAACAAAUAGUGUGAUAUUCUUUCUUUACAUUUGUUGUUAUUGCUUUCUCAUUUUGUUAAUUAGAAUAUAUAUUUUCUCGAUGUAGAUUGAAUUAUCAAGUGAAAACAAUCUUGCCUGGAAUCAAAUGUGGAGGGGUCUCACUUGGAAGCUUGGGGUCGAUAACCAAACAUUAUUUUGAAACUAACAAAGAUGGUGCUUUAUCGAGAGAUAAAGAAUCAUUUUUUAGUUCUUUCACUUUCAAAUUGAUUGUUACACAUAUUUUUUUGAUUUGCUUAUUCUCAUAUUUCCUACAUAAACGGUAAUUUUUUUUGUUGAUUUAUGCUUGAUAGACUUUUUUAUUGUUAGGAUAUGAAAUAUUUGUUAAUUCAUAAUUUGUGAGAUAAACAUGAAGCAACAACUAACUCCAUUUUUUUUAUUUUUCAGCAACGUAUAUUCAGUUUAGAAAAUUAAACAUCUUCAUCUCUGAACAUCUCUAAUUCAAAUUUAAUAUUCAUUUUAUGUCAAUUUCAAAGUGAAGAAGGUAAAUAUCAUUUUUUUCAUACUAUAAAAUAUUAGUAUUACAACAAUAUUUCUCUACUACUUUAAAUAUGAUAAAUUAUAAACAAAAUGUACAAUAUUUUUUAUUGUCAUUUAUUAUCCUCAGUGGAUUAGUUAGAGGUAAUCUUGUAUACAAAUAUACAAUUAAUAAUUUUUUGUAUUGCUGCAUUUUGUCUUUACUGUGCACCCCUUAACAUCAUAUUAAGAAAAAUGAAACCCCAAAAUCUUAAAAGAAAGAUUUGACAAUUUUAAAAACGAAAAUAAUUUGUGAAAGAAGCACUUAUUAUUUAGUUGGCAAUCCAUAAGGGUCAAUCAGUCAAUGAAAUAUCCAACAUACACCAAAAUACUCAUCUUUUACAACAAUCACUAGAACAUUCAUUGCUCAUCCAACAUUGUAAUUCAAAUAAAAAAUUUCAAAAUUGAGUAAGUAUUAAUUUUUCAAUCAAAACAUACUGAAAAACAUAUUGCUAGGGACCGGUUUCUUCAAAAGUCUCCGUACCUGAUGACUCGGUAUUUGCACAUGUUUUCCCCUUUGUUUCUUGAUUGUUUGAGCUUGAAUUAUUGCGUCUUUGGCCUAUUUUAUGCUAGGUUGUGUUCCUUUGUCCCAUUUCAGGUCCUAGCACAUAAAGUGAAGCAUAGGCGCAAGUUUCAAGUCAAUCAGAGAUCAAUUGACGAUUCGAGAGAAGAAACUCGGGCAUGACCUGAAGAAGAAUGGAUUUCUACCUCACUUUAUGGACAAAGAAUCAGGCAAGCUUGUUAUGAAACGAAAGAGGACGAGACUACGAGCGUCUGGGAUCAAACGGCGAUUGAUUCGGAGUCCGGACGAGGGAGAAACGAAGCAUUAAACAGAGGCUGAGCAAGCUGCACGGGCAGACCAGCGUGGCCACGCACGGCCGUGCAAGUGACCAGUUUGGCCGUGCGGGAUUGUGCGUGGGCACGCACGGGAUUGUGCGUGGCCACGCACGGCCGUGCAACAUACAAUUCUGGCCGUGCGAGUUGGCUGAGGUUCAACUAAUUGAUACGCCGCGUUUUGAGGUGCACGGCCAGAAUGGUGAUGUGCACGGCCGUGCACCGUGGCCGUGCGAGUCGGGAUUUCCUGGUUUUAAGCCAAAUUCCGAACCAAAGAAGAGAGAGAGCUGGGUUUUGGAUCCCAAACACCCAAGGGACGAACCCUAGAGAGAGAGAGCGACUUGGGAACAUUCUUGGAGCUAUUUUGGAAGAUUUCUUCGCCAUUGGAGCUCGGGAAUCAAGCUUGGAGAUAGAGAUUGAAGAUCUAGAUCAGAUUUCUGCAGUCUCUCUCUUCUCUAUGGAGUAACUUCCCUUCACUUAGGUUUUGAGGAACCUUAGUUCCAUGAGUUAGGAUCUUUCUUGUAUGAAGUUUUGGAUGCUAUAUUGUUUGAUUAUAAUCGAAUGAUGCAUGUUUAUUGAGUCAAUUGAAGUCUGAUCAACUUUUCCUGAUUCCUGCUGCAAUCUGAGAUAGAUAGAAUCUGAUUAGGUUGCUAGAGUCUCAUCAUUCGGUAGUAGGAGAUUGGCUAUACGAGAGUUAGCCAGUUUACUGCUUUGUACUGGAAUCCAAUUCCAGUAGUGGAGUUCUGUGCUUAUUGCUUCAGCUUUCUAUCCCGGUGAAGACUAGUCGUCUGCCGGAUAGUUAGACUGAGAGGGCUUGGUCAGCUUAAGAGAUUCCAAGCUACUGUCGGAUCUUCCACAGUUUAAUCAACAGUAAAUCAACCAAAAUGAAUUACAACUUGGACCUAAUUGAGGAGCUAGGGGGAAUCAUACCUAAGUGAGUUCCCAAACUGUAAUUAGUAGUUUUACUUAGUUUAGUUAGUAGAGUAGUUUAGUUAAUCAAUCCUUAAUCUAGUUUGCUAGAUAAUGAACUGAAGCUGAGUAAUAGUAACUCUAGAGACCCGUGGAUUCGAUAUUUAUUACUUGUGCCACUAUACUGCAGUCCCUUUCAUUGGUUACACUUGGCCAUUGUUAGGUGUUGUGUUUUGGAGCAUCAAGUUUUUGGCGCCGUUGCCGGGGACUUUCUAGAGUAUUAGGAAAGGCAGAAGUUUGUUACUUUAGCGUUUUUCGUUUCUUUUCUUUUCCACCCUUGCUUUUCACUUGGGUGUUUUUGUUUUUGUUGGUGCAGAUCUGAAUCAUGGAUCCUAAUGGCUUCUCCAACCAGUGGGGGUAUCCACCACCAUCCGAGUGGUAUUACCCCGCUACUCCCUACAGCAAUCAAGGAGGAGAAGACUAUGGAUUCGGGUUCCAGUACCAACCCCCUUACUACGGAGAACAAUCAGACCCCUGGGCAUAUCAAGAACAACCUCAUUACCAAGAAGACUUUCUCCCACAACCAGAAGGGCCAUCGGAUCUGGAGUUACCCAUGGCGGCCUUCACGGGCCAUUCUGCAGAGCCAUGCUACACUCCACAGCCAGAUCCAAACUAUGAAUUGAGGCUUCUCGUGGAGCAGAUUGCUCGAGUACCUGAGAGAUCUUUUCCCGAGAUGGAUCCUCAUAUCCAGGCCAUUGCCCAAACUGACUUUUCCUUCCCCCGUGAAACAGAGGAUACCAUCCGGAGCAUAAAGAAGCACCUAGAGGUCAUUGAGAAAGCUUGUUCACAGUUUUCUCAAGACAACCUUUAUGCUGCCAUACAAGUAGAGGAGGAGGAAGAAAAAGGCAAUCAUGAGGAUGUUGAGGAGCAUACAGAAGUUGUCACAGAAAGCUCCCAUGAUAAUCAUGAUCAAGUGUAUCCUCUGGUGGUAGAUCAUAACUUUCACCAUUUCCACUCUGACAUGCUGGGCUCGAGUGAGGAGAUGCAAGCUGAACUUAUCGAGAACCUUGCAUGGAGACUUGCUCUCCAAUUCGUGCUGGAAGAAGAAGAGCGAGAAAGGGUGCAGAAAGAAGUUGUGGAGGAUGAAGAAAGUGAAGCAGGAGGAGUUCUUGAUCUUUUCCCAGGGGUGAUACCACAUGAAGAAGAAAGAGAGGUUGAGGAAGCAAUUGGCGUCCAGGCUGAGGAUGAAGUUGAGGUGGAAGAGGCAUGCACCGGCCAUGAGUUGCAAGUAAUAUCCCCACCAAACUUCGAGGAGCUGCUUGGCAAGGACCCAUUUGCAGUGUCUCUUUGCCAGACCAAGGCCACAUCGACAUCGGUCCCUCUUGGUGGACGCGAUGGUGGCCAAUCGAUGCUGUCAUAUCUGGUUUGGGGCAAUGAGACGAGAGAAGAGAAGAAGAGGUCUCUAGGGUGGAGACUUCAUCUACAUCAAGUACAUGAGCCUUCCUCACCUGCCACACCACAUGCUCGUGACUUGAGACUCCACCUCAUCGACGAGAACCUCAACUUCAAGGAGGUUCUAGCAUGGACCGAAACUUAGGAGCCAUCGUCCGGCUCACGACGUGAAAGAAGCGCUUGUUGGGAGGCAACCCAACCAGUCGGUUUGCAUUUCUUUCUCUAUUUAUCCUCGGUUGAGUCAGUUUUGUUAUUUGAUUUUAGAGUCAAUAACUCAACCUUUGUGAGAUUUUGUGUGGUGUUUGUGUUCUGAUUACUCUCUCUUUCUGGGAUGCACCGCCUGACCCGUACAUCAUCAUUCACCCUUGAUCUGGUAACUUCGUUCUACCCUCCUUAUCUUUCCUCCAUUGAGGACAAUGUCGUGCUUAAGUGUGGGGGGAUGUUCGAUUAUGUAUGCGGGUGAAUGUUUGGCUGUUUGUGUGCUUGGAGCCUAGUCCACUGUCCAAAUUUUUAAAUUUGAGGGCUCCAAGUACGUGUUCCUUGCAAUUGCCUGCUCAGUAUGCUUUGAAUUGACAGUCUUUAUAGUAAUAUGCAACCUAGGGAGGUAGUGUAGCACUAUGGAGGAUGUUGAUGCAUUUAAGAAGUCUCAUUGCUUCUUCAUAUGGUGUUGGUUGAUUGAGUGAAUUAGUGAUCUUAGGACCCUUGAAUUGUGUGGUGUUGUGGAUUCUCUACCUGUCAUGGACUCUUGUAUCAUGUUUUGAGUUUAACAGGUGCUCGAAAAUGUGCUUCAAAAUAAACGUCUCCCGUGCGAAUAGGGCGAAAGUGUGUAAGGGGAGACGGGAAUUCGUUCCCAAUUUCCACCUACUACCUCCAGCCCCCUUACAUGUCUUUCCCCCGCACGAGGCUCGAGACAUCCGCUCCUGGCAUGGCCGGUAAGAGCAGGUUGGGACCCUUGAAAAAGAAAAGAAAAGAAAAAUAUCAGAAAACAAGCAAAACAAAAAAAAGGGGUCUCAACCAUCUUCAAGAAGCAGAAAAUAGAGCACCUUGAAAAAUGUGAGUCCAUGAUCUGUUGUUUUUGAGAAUCUCCUCAUCCACAAUUCAUUUGUCCUCUGUUCACUAUUUGCCAUGAUGCCGACUCGCCGAAGAAGUUAUGAGAUGACUUGUGCGUCGGUUGACCUCGUAAGCUGCUAAAUGAUCUAGGAAGUCCUCUACCUACGAUCUGGGUUGUUUGUUGCUAUAGAGGUCUGGAGAGUUGCAUUGGUUUGAGUUAGGUUUGCUUGGGGACAAGCAAACAGUUAAGUGUGGGGGGAUUUGAUGACUCGGUAUUUGCACAUGUUUUCCCCUUUGUUUCUUGAUUGUUUGAGCUUGAAUUAUUGCGUCUUUGGCCUAUUUUAUGCUAGGUUGUGUUCCUUUGUCCCAUUUCAGGUCCUAGCACAUAAAGUGAAGCAUAGGCGCAAGUUUCAAGUCAAUCAGAGAUCAAUUGACGAUUCGAGAGAAGAAACUCGGGCAUGACCUGAAGAAGAAUGGAUUUCUACCUCACUUUAUGGACAAAGAAUCAGGCAAGCUUGUUAUGAAACGAAAGAGGACGAGACUACGAGCGUCUGGGAUCAAACGGCGAUUGAUUCGGAGUCCGGACGAGGGAGAAACGAAGCAUUAAACAGAGGCUGAGCAAGCUGCACGGGCAGACCAGCGUGGCCACGCACGGCCGUGCAAGUGACCAGUUUGGCCGUGCGGGAUUGUGCGUGGGCACGCACGGGAUUGUGCGUGGCCACGCACGGCCGUGCAACAUACAAUUCUGGCCGUGCGAGUUGGCUGAGGUUCAACUAAUUGAUACGCCGCGUUUUGAGGUGCACGGCCAGAAUGGUGAUGUGCACGGCCGUGCACCGUGGCCGUGCGAGUCGGGAUUUCCUGGUUUUAAGCCAAAUUCCGAACCAAAGAAGAGAGAGAGCUGGGUUUUGGAUCCCAAACACCCAAGGGACGAACCCUAGAGAGAGAGAGCGACUUGGGAACAUUCUUGGAGCUAUUUUGGAAGAUUUCUUCGCCAUUGGAGCUCGGGAAUCAAGCUUGGAGAUAGAG